AUGGCCAGUCGAAGCAGAUCAGGAACGGAGUGUGAGAUAACACUUGACAAGCUGGAUGAGGUCAAAACAUAUAAAGAUAAACAUCCAUAUGCUGAUCCAGGAAAUCAUGACAGUGAACAUUUCAAGAAGAGAAUGAGUCCUCUCCGCUUUCAAAUGCGGGAAUACCUCGUGCGGUACACGGAGAACCAGUCCGAGAUGCUUUAUGAGUGGCAAAGCAAGGUCCGUUGCAAUUUUCUGGACAAAUAUUUCGCAUACACAGCAUUGAUGGGGUCCCAUAUGUUUUACGUUAUAAUGGUCCCAAUGCCGCGCUGGCUCGGCUAUAGUGGUGUUUGCAGGGAUCUGGUGUACAUUCUUGGGUAUUCGAUCUAUCUGAGCGGCUUUCUCAAAGACUACUGGUGCUUGCCUCGACCCAAAUCUCCACCUUUAACCCGUGUCACGCUAAGUGGAUACACGACCAAAGAGUACGGAGCACCCAGCUCGCACACUGCCAAUGCCACAGGAGUGACGAUGCUUCUAUUGUGGUACAUCUACAGCUCAGAAACAAUGCUAAUGUAUUGGAAAUUAGCGGCCGCUGCAGGAGCAUUCUUCUACUAUUUUACGCUUACUUUGGGAAGAAUAUAUUGUGGGAUGCAUGGCUUACUUGACAUCUUUUCAGGUGCUAUAAUAGGUGCGUUAUGCUUCGUUGGUCGGUGGGCGGUUUUGACUCAUACCGACUUUGAUGCAGCAAGCAUGAAGGACUGGGGUUUGUGGUUUCCGAUUGGGUCCAUUACACUGGGAUUGAGUCUUUUGUUUACGCACGCGCGACCCGUGGAUCAUUGUCCGUGCUUUGAGGAUAGUGUUGCUUUCGUAGGAGUCAUUUGUGGCCUAGAAAGUAGUGACUGGUUGAGUUGGACUCUUUUCGGUGAGUCUAAUUACGAGGUCUACUAUAACUGGUUCGAGUUCGGAAUUCCAUAUACUAUUAGAAGAAUCAUUGUCGGGGUGACUCUGGUUUUGAUAUGGAAAAGUCUGGUGGGGAAGAAGCUAAUUUACAGGAUCUUAAGUAUCAUAUGGGAUGACGAUAGACAUCUUUAUGCCCAUGGACACGAUGAAACCUCCUACUCGAAAGAAGUGCUUCUUUUUGUGGGUCGUUCUAGAACUGAACUUCUGUGCCGAUUUAUCCUUUAUGCUGGUGUUGCUGCUGUUGUUGUUCUUAUAUGCCCCACGGUAUUCGGCUACUUAGGUGUGUGA